ACAGAGAGUGUGUGGAUUAAAAUUUACCGUCGCAUUAUUUCAGCCAUAUAGCGAUCAGAAACAAAUACAUCUGCUGAAUGAGGUGCUCCCAGAUCAGUGACAACGCAGAAUCGACGCAGACAUGACAUCCUUGACAAACCUGCUGUAUACCAUCGUGUGUUUCCACCUUUCCUUCUUGGAGGUAACAGUGCCCGUUCAGACAAAUAUAGCUCAAGGCAAACCAACCAUUCAGUCCAGCACGUACUACAAUGCUGUCUCGUCCUAUGCUGUUGAUGGUGUAACAGGAGGAAACUACCAUACUGACCGUUGUGCAAAAACAUAUGGUGGCGACGUCUGGUGGAAGGUGGACCUUCUUCAUGUGUACAAUAUUUCGAGGAUCACUGUUUUCAAGAGAACAGACUUCCAGGGUCGCCCAGAUCUUUUUAAAAUCGUCGGCUUUGAUCUGCAUCCUACACUCUGUCCUCUAUCAUCCCCGAAAGUCUGCGUCAACCAACUCGGCAGUUUCACAGGUCCAUCAAAGACUGUGUCUUGUGAACAGGAGGUCAUGGCCAGAUAUGUACAAGUUUCCUCCUCUACUAACAUAAUGAUGUGUGAGAUGCAGGUGUUUGGGCAGAAAAUAGGUGGAUGCUUGAGGAAUAAGGUACAAGUGAAAGAAGGCCACAAACUGAAUGACUCCUCUAUCACCGUGCUACGUGGUAAUUCCUCAAGUCUCGUGGAGUGCAGCAUCCACUGUUACAGACUCCACAACUGUCUGUUCUUCAACUUCAACAGACUGACUGGAGAAUGUCAGACAGGAAGUGGACAGGAAACUUCCGCUUCUUCCUCGGCAGCUGACUGGGACUUCGGCACAAUUUGUUAAAGGGCUGUUUGUCCUGUCUCUGCUGAAUACGUUUCAUAUAUGCCAACUGUGUAUAUAUCUAAUAUGUUUUCAUCUAGGCAGGAUAGGUCCGUGACUUCGGAAUUUUGUCAGAUUUGGGACUUACUUAAUCCAGCAUCACACGCCUAAAUGUGAAAUCUCAAACAUAUCGAUGUUAUUUCUAUGAUUGUGUUAAUAUGCUCAAUGACGUUAUGCAAGCCAUAUGUUUAUGAACAGAUGUUCAGUAAGUCAUGGAGAAACAUGGUAUUCAAUAUACAGAUCUAUAGAAUUUCUCUAUAUGGACGAAAUAUAUGCGUGUGUUCUUAUGUGUACCUUGUAAACAUAUCUAAACACUUUCUCUGAUUUGAAAGAUGAAUGUAGACUUUGUGACUUUGCUCAGUCAGGCCUUAGGAUGUUUCAGAAAAAUAAGCUGGAACUUUCACAUCUACACAUAUUUGUAUUACCGUGUUGAUGUAAUGGCAAAAUACAAACUCUAAGUUGAUCAAGGUCGAAAAUUCAAGUACUGAUCGAUAUCACUGCGAUAGGUUGUCGCUCUUCGUUUCACAGCCUAUUCCUAAACCUGUGUCCAAAAUUGUUUACGUGAUCAAAUCUCCAAACUGGACCCGUUUGCCACCACAGCUUCGUUUUGGAAAUGAUAACGCCAGCUUCAAUUCUAGGUCUCGUAUCACGAAGCACAUUUUUCGGUUCCAGUUGUACUUGCAAAAGUCAAGUCGAUUUGUAUGUUUAUCUCUCUGAAUAUUUGACCGUCACUGAAGAUAAUUUAUAUACCAGAAGCUUGUUCACGUGAACAUUAUCUGAUCAUCGAUACACCUUUAUAUGUAAAUCUAUAUUUAAUGAGGUUUAAAAAAUAAGUGUUUCAAAGUACAAUGUAUGGCUACGCGUUAACUUUCUUUUCUUGAUAAAACGAUUAAUGUAAACGUUUACCUCAAAACUUUUGUGAAAAAAACCCCGGAAAUACUUGAUAAUCCAGGUGUUAAACUCCUCACUCGUUUAUACAUAGAGCACCAUACCUUGCUGGUCGGUUUCACCUAAGAGUUUUAAAUGGCAAAGAGCUGCUCCUCCCACAUCAACCUCGCCGUGACAAGUGGGUUUGUUUAAACCUCCACCUCACACAUUUACUUACUCUUAUAAACCUGCUACCAUUGGUCACGUUGGUGUAAUGUAUCAUGUUUAUAGCUUUGUGUCCUGCAGCCAUGAAUAACACAUUUAUCUAAACCGAUUCAAACAGCUUGUGUAUAUUUGUCUUUUUCAAAUUAUUGUUUAAAACAACUAUAUCUCACUGACUAUUGCAAAGGCUUUUGAAGGAUUGACACUAGAGGGUUGUUUUACCUGUCUCUGGUAGAUACCUUUCAUAGAUGUCAACUGUGUCAUCAUUUCAUAUGUAUGUUCUGGGCAGGAUAAGCCUGUGAUAAAAAAAAUUCACAGAUUUGGGACAUAUCUGGCUCGACAUCACACGUCUGAAUGUGACCUCAAGCAUAUACAUCAGAGUUGUCUAUAUAAUUAUGAUAGUUAUUAUGUUCAAUGACGUUAUGUAGGCAAUCGGUUUAAGAACAAUAUGUUCAUUAAAUUAUGGACAAACAUACAGACAUAGAGAAAUUAUUGAUCACUCGAUUGUACGCUUUGUUUACAGACUCGUCGUAUCAAGGAAUCCUAUAGUAGUGCUGCGUCAGGCAACACACAUACACUUACUUCAUUGGUCACGUUGGUGUAAUGUAUCAUGUUUAUAGCUUUGUGUCCUGCAGCCAUGAAUAACACAUGUAUCUAAACCGAUUCAAACAGCUUGUGUAUAUUUGUCUUUUUCAAAUUAUUGUUUAAAACAACAUCAUCUCACUGACUAUUGCAAAGGCUUUUGAA